AAUAGGAGAGCCCUAUGCUCCAACAGUCGGCUAGAUAAAGGCGAUCAAUUUAAACACCAUUAUUACAUUAGCAGAAUCAAAAUUCAAAUCAGACAACCAAAUAAAACAAACGAUGAAAAAACAAUAGAAAUUUAAAUAAGACAGCAGUCUCAUUGGUAUAUUUGUCGACAGAAGUCCCCUUCGCUCGCCCCGGCGCACGCCACGUCGGCUAGGACGUUCCGAGUUCAGUAUGGACGACGACGAUUACUCGCCCAGCAACUCUGUCACAUCAGUCAACUCCCUCGCCAGUCUGCUGCGAGAAAAAUUGCAGAGUAUUCCUCAAAAAAUCAGAAAGAAGCCAACAGAUUACAAGCUGCGAGCGUUCGUGGGGCUGAUGUUCCUCGCGGUUGUAUUCUUCGUGGGAUUCGCGUACGUUCUCUACCACCAGCAGGCUGCGACAAAGGCAUACUUUAAUAAUGUUCAAUUCAACGAGCCAAAAAAACUCAUCAGGAUUUUCAAUGCCGAUGAAGUAGAGAUACUUCGAGCUAGAUUAGCGGUGAGCCACCAAGGCAAAAGUGAAGUGUAUCCUUGCUUGCCAGAACAUCAACACCAUGACGGCUCGAUUUGUCUGGAGUGGUUACAUUCCUUGCGCUUUUAUCUCAAAAGUCUUCCGCGUGAUCCAGGCGUCGAUAACACCACUUGUUUUAAUAUCCAUUGGAAGGCUCUCAGUAAUAGUAUUUUUCCUAACGAUUGCUUCGACUGGAGUGAUACCAAAGUUCACUGGUACGGUGGCGGACAGUCUAUCAACUUAACGUGGCCGUUGGAUACUGGAACUAUUCAGUAUACUCCCUUUAUCACUGGUGAUAUACAAAACUCACAGAUGGGAAAUGUUCUCACUCGGUACUUAAUAAAUUCUAAAGGAGCAGCCAUUAUCAUCGACGAAGAAACACCACUCUACAUCUCGGUUAAUGCAAGGAAUAAAGAAAUCUGUCUUCUAGCCAAAUAUGAUGAUUUUGCUUAUGCCAAUAGAUUGACAGAGUAUGCUGAAAUGAAAUAUAAUAUUUGCAUCUCUACAGAUAUGAAAUCACUGCAUUCUUCAAUUCAUAGUCAUCGAAGUGCACCUCUAUGGGACGGUCUGAAACCAAUAGACAUGCAUAUCUUGGAAUCUCUCAUAUCAGAACCAGUUUGGCAAAUAGCCCCGAGGUUUAAGCAUGAAUUGAAAGCUGAAACAAUAUCUAAAUAUACGGAAGAUGUUAUAUAUUUAGGUUUCCUAAAACAAGGUCAUGUUCUUAUAAAUGAGUUCUGGCAGAACGAAAUCGGUGAUCUCGCUGUUGAUACAAGUAGAUUUGAAACUUUGAACGAAACCGUUGAUAAAUUACAUAGACGAGGAUUCAAGGUAGCAUUUACUGUGCAGCCCUUUAUAAGUACCGAAAGUGCUAAUUUCGGGGAAUGUGUUCAAAAGAGAUUAUUGAUAAGUGAAAGAAAUAGCGAUAGGAGAAUACCAGCAUUGACGAGAUUCAAAUCUUUAGCCAGUGCCGGUGUGCUAGAUAUAACGAAUAGUAAAACUGUACCAUGGAUAAUGAAUAAGCUGCAGGCUGUGAUAGAUAAAUAUGACAUAGAUUCUUUUUAUUUUGAUUUAGGUACAGCUUACGAUAUGCCACAUUACUACCAGUGUGAGAAAAAACUUAUAAAUCCCGACCAAUACAAGACUGCAUUCAUCAAAACGUUCGAAAAGACACUGAAAGUGAUCGGGGUGUCUUCGGCGGUAUCUUUGCCUAGCCCACCGGUGUUCGUAUCCUUGCCUCCGUUCGAGUCUACGUGGGAGGCGAUGAGGCGGGUCAUCCCGACUAUGUUGACGUACGGAAUCAACGGGUAUCCGUUCAUAAUGCCAGGAGCGGUAGGAGGCGACAUAUAUUGGCCGGGAAGUGAACAAUUUUUGCCAUCUUCGAAAGGUUCAGCGGAUAUCAACAUCACGGACUCCGCCCACAACGGCAUCGAUCUGCCCGAGGUGGAGCUCUACAUGCGAUGGUUGCAGAUGGCCACAUUUUUACCGGUGAUGAAGUUCACACAUCUGCCUAGCAAAUACAACGACGAGAGAGUUCUGGAGAUGGCCAAAAAUUUGACUUCGCUUCGACAAAAAGUGGUGACUCCGCUGCUGCUGAAGUACAAGCGGUCCGCGCUGGAGGAGGGCCUGCCGCUGGUGCGGCCGCUGUGGCUGGUGCCGGGCGCGGCGGGCGCGGGGGGCGCGGGGGGCGCGGGCGCGGACGCGGCGCUGCUCGUGCGGGACGAGUUCUGUGUCGGGGACGAGCUCGUCGUCGCGCCCAUCCUGUACCCCAACACCACCACCAGGGAAGUUUAUCUGCCGGCGGGUCUGUGGCAGGACGGCAUCGACGGAUCACUGCGCAAAGGCAAUCGUUGGAUGCACGAGUAUAGAGUACCUGUCGACCGAGUCGCAUACUUCAUCAGGAAACCAGACGAUAUGCGAUUUUAA